UGUUUACAGCAAGAGACGGCUUUCCUCAAAAAACCCCUGUCUCGUUCUACUGUGGGAGUUGUAGUUCAUACCGACGUUGCUCCGACAUAGUAAAUAAACUAACACUCCCAAUAUCCUACAGUUAGACCAAUGAACGUUUGCUACGCCAUGCUUAAUAUGGCUACUGUUUAGUAGCUGCUGACAAGUAGUGGCUAUAGACGUUAAAGUUUUGAUUUAUGUAAUGUACAUGUGGGGCAUAACAGAGGAAUGAUCGACUUUGUUGGAUUAUUUAGGAAGGGGCAUUUAGUCGGAAACUAUAGACAUGGCCACUGUCGCUGUCGAGCAACUCUUCGACUUGCAAAGAUUGCCUGAGAAUAAUUUUCUUUCAUGGCUUUUCCUUUUGCUUUACACUCCGUUUGGUGUGUGCCUGCUUCUUCUCAGGUUAUUUAUUGGUGUCCAUGUAUUCCUGAUCAGUUGUGCAUUGCCGGAUAGCUUGAUACGUAGGUUUAUUGUGCGGGUUAUGUGUUCAGUGCUGGGACUUCUGGUUAAACAGAAUGAUCCACGACUGAUUGACAGAACUGUCAAGGUAUACAUCUGUAAUCAUGUAACACCAUUUGAUCACAAUGUCAUCAACCUCCUUACCUCGUGUAACACGCCCAUGUUAGGUGGCUUACCAAGCUUUGUUUGUUGGGCCCGUGGUUUUAUGGAGAUGGGAGGAGUGAUAAGAAGGUCUGAAUUGACAGAAACUCUGAAUCAGUAUGUUUCUCAGGAGGGCACUGUGCCCCUUCUGUUGUUCCCAGAAGAAGAAACAACCAAUGGUAGGACUGGACUACUAAAGUUCUGCUCUUGGCCUUUCACAGUAGCAGAUGUAAUCCAGCCUGUUGCGCUCUUUGUUAAAAGGCCCUUCCUUUCAGAAAGUGUUGCAGACUCCUCCUGGAUAGCAGAAUUGCUGUGGAUAUUUUUCAUGCCAUUUACAGUAUAUCAAGUAAGGUGGCUUCAGUCUGUGUCAAAAAAUGCUGGAGAAUCUUUUGAUCAGUUUGCCGAAAGGGUGCAAAAGAUGUUGCAAUGGUUUGCAGGAGUUAAGAUCUCAUAUAAAAAUGUAUUACUUGCACUUUUUUUUUUUCUUGUAGUGAGUGAGCAGUCUUCUGGAACAAGGCCCCAGACAUCAUUCGGAUUUGAUAGUAGUUCUUCCAGCAAGGAAAAUACUCGAAUCGGAAAAAUGGCUGAACAGGUCAAGGAGGUGCUUCCACAUGUUCCUCUCUCUGUCAUCAAGGCAGAGCUUGUAAAAACAGACUGCAUCGAUGCCACUAUCACAAACCUGCUGGAAGGACAAACAUUUGCACAGGAGGAAGAAGUGUCCUUUGGUGCAUCUGCAGUGCCCUCUACUUCUGCAUCGUGGACCUCAACCACCACUGUUUCCAGGCCUUCGGAUGCUGUUCCUUCUUCUAAGGUAAUGAUCUGCAUUGUGUUGCACAGUAUCAUGCAGCCAUGA